CCAGGGUCCGGCGGCGCCUGUGGGAGCUACUCAGCCCCGCCCCGUUGCCGGGGCCCCUCGCCGGGCCGGGACCAAUGUCAGGACCGGGACUGGGCAGUUGAGGCGGCGGCGCGGGCGGAACCCGAGCGGCGGGGACGGCGGCGCGGCGGACCGUGUUUGCAGACGGACGCGGCGCCAUGGCGGAGGAGGAGGAGGCCCGGGAAGGCUUCAAGAGGCCAGGGCCUCCCGCGCCCGCGCCCCCCGAGCCGGAGCCGGGGCCGGGGCCGGCGGAGUACGAGGAGCCGGCGUGGGGCGGGCAGCCGCCGGCGGGCGCGGGCUAUGCGCUGGAGGCGGUGCGGGGCGGUGUGGCGCUGGGCGCGGCGCUGCGGCUGGCGGGGCGCAGCUGGUGGGCCGUGGGGCGGCUGCCGGGCUGCGCGCUGGCCCUGGCGCACCCGUCCGUGUCGCGGCGCCACGCCGUGCUGCAGUACCGCACCGCCGGGCCCGCCGCCGCGCGCGGCUUCUACGUCUGCGACCUGGGCAGCGCGCACGGCACCUUCCUCAACCGCCGCCGCCUGCCGCCGCGCGCCUACUGCCGCCUGCAAGUCGGACACUGCCUGCGCUUCGGCGCCAGCUCCCGCCUCUUCGUGCUGCAGGGACCAGAGGAAGAUCAGGAGCCCGAGUCUGAACUAACCGUGACUCAGCUGAAAACUUUGCGCAAAGAGCAGCAGGCAAAGCUAGAGAAGACCAUGCUGGGCGAGGACUCUGAUGAAGAUGAUGAAAAAGAAGAGAAAAAAAAUGAGACCAGUGGGAGCAAUGAUAUGACCUGCUCAUGGGGACUGGGGGAAGAUGCAGAGGAAGAUGAGGCUGAAGAAAACCCAAUUGCCAUUGAAUAUCAGGAAGCACAAGAGGCUUUCUAUACGAAGGACCCUAGGAAGGCACUGCAGGGUUUCUUUGACAGAGAAGGGGAAGAAUUAGAAUACGAAUAUGAUGACCGUGGACACAAUAGCUGGCUCUGCAGGGUGAAGUUGCCUGUGGAUGAUGCAUCAGGGAAGCAGCUGGUGGCAGAGGUUACCCAUUCAGGAAAGAAAAAGGAAGCAAUGAUACAGUGCGCAUUGGAAGCUUGCAGGAUACUGGAUGCUAGGGGUGUGCUGCGGCAAGAGGCAGUAUCCCGGAAGAGAAAAGUAAAGAACUGGGAAGAGGAGGAUUUUUAUGAUAGCGACGAUGACACUUUCCUUGAUCGAACUGGAGCUGUCGAAAAGAAACGACUGAACAGAAUGAAAAAAGCUGGGAAGAUAGAAGAGAAACCAGAGACUUACGAUUCCCUGGUUGCAAAAUUAAAUGAGGCUGAAAAGGAACUUUUGGAGAUAGCUGAAAAAUUGAAGGCUUCAGGAAAAGGCCAGUCCAAGCCAGCAGCUCAGGAUUCCUUGGAUGAGUUCAUGACUGAAAUAAAAGCAGGAUCCACCUUAGACAGUGUGGCACGAAAAAAGCUUCAUUUGCGGACCUUUGAACUCAGGAAAGAGCAACAGAGGCUGAAAGGGUUAAUAAAGCUCGUUAAGCCUGCCGAACUGCCAGAGUUGAAGUCCCAGACUGGGAGUCGUGGUCUGGAAACGGAGAACAAGCCUAAAAAGCUAACAUUGCCUCUCUUUGGGGCAAUGAAAGGGGGAAGCAAAUUCAGGCUGAAAACUGGAAGCCUAGGGAAGAUGCCCAUCAGGCGUCCAGAUAUUCCUGAAAACAUCUUAAAAAUGAAAGAUGAUGGGCCAGAAGUGGAGGAAGAGGAGGAAGAGGAGCAGGAGAUGAACGCAACAAACAGCAGGAACAAGAAACCAGAGGUGAAAGUGGCAGCAGAGGAAGAAAUGGAACAAGAGAUUAAACUUCCUCCUAGCUCUCCUUGUAAGAGCAAGAAUUUGGAUUCUACUCGUGAAGUUUGUUUUCCAACCAGCAAGGAGCUCAAGACUUCAGAACAUGAAUCUCAAACUGGCCCCUCACAAGAGAAGCCCCAAGCAUCUGGAAUAUGGAAAAGAAAAUCUGAAGAGGGACCCAAAAAAAUGAAAGCAGUUAAUAGCCUAAGCAAGGUCCAUCAAGUGUUUUCCUCAUCAGAUUACCCAGAAGAUGACCCAGACUAUUGCAUGUGGAUGCCUCCUGCAGGUCAAAGUGGAGAUGGGAAGACUCAUCUGAAUGAAAAAUAUGGCUAUUAAGCCUCCCCUGCUCUCUACGAAGCAGCAUGGUCUCUCUGACCCCAGAGCCACCUCGGUCAGCUUCCCCAUAUACUGUUGGGUGAGUGGCAAAAGAGUCGUCUCUCCAUUUGCUGUUCGGGGUUGCAGGGCAUCAACACUUACUCUGGUAGUUACCUCCUAAUCACUGCUUUUGUGCUUUUGUUUUAUAAAAAAAAAUCUUAAGACUCCCAGAUCUUGCCCACAGUAUUCUUUUUUCAUACCUCCCUUCUGCAGUUGGGCUGGUCUUUGUUUGAUGUGAAAAUGUGUAAACAAAAUAGUUGUGUAUUUUCUUUUUGUAUAUAAAAACAAAAUCUCUACUUCAUGCUUGAUGAGUCCGGCCUAGUUUUAUAUAAUAAACAUGAAAAAGCUAA